CCACGCCCUGCAAUUGUAACACAUCACUCAACAAACUAAAAGAAGGAAAACCAAAGGACAUUCUUGGAACGACUAAGGAAGAAAGAAGCAAGCAAGGCAUUAAACAUCUGGAAAUCAGGAAUUUAUUUUUUUUUAUUUUCUUUUUAAAACAUGUCUUAUAAACGAAAAGCCGAGUUACCUGUAGGCGAUGUGAAUGAUCUCAUGGAGGUGACACCAUUGGGUGCAGGCAGUGAAGUCGGAAGGUCUUGUCAUAUCCUCAAGUACAAGGGCAAAACUGUCAUGCUGGACUGUGGCAUUCAUCCUGGUCAAAGUGGAAUCUCUGGACUCCCUUUCUUUGACGAGGUAGACCCUGCGUCAAUCGAUGUUCUAUUGAUCACCCAUUUUCAUCUGGAUCAUGCUGCAGGAUUACCAUACUUUACAGAGAGAACUUCUUUCAGAGGACGCGUUUUCAUGACACAUCCUACGAAAGCUAUUUUCAAAUGGCUCUUAUCAGACUAUGUCAAAGUCAGCAAUGUUGGUUCCAAUGAAAUGGUAUAUGACGAGACGCAAUUAGCUGCUUGCUACGAAAAGAUUGAGACCGUGGAUUAUCAUCAGGAGAUGAACGUCGACGGUAUCAAAUUCACAGGAUACAAUGCAGGUCACGUCUUGGGGGCCGCCAUGUUCUUGAUCGAAAUUGCUGGUGUCAAGAUUUUAUAUACAGGGGAUUACUCACGCGAAGAAGAUCGCCACUUGAUGGCAGCAGAGAAACCCACAAAUGUGCAGACAGAUGUCCUGAUCUGUGAAUCCACCUAUGGUGUCCAAAGCCAUGAGCCUCGAAUCGAUCGUGAACGACGCUUUACUUCCACAGUCCAUGAAAUUGUUCAACGUGGGGGACGUUGCCUCUUACCGGUCUUCGCUUUAGGACAAGCACAGGAAUUACUUUUAAUGUUGGAUGAAUAUUGGGCAGCCCAUCCAGAACUGGAAUCGGUCCCGGUUUAUUACGCUUCCUCCUUGGCGAAGAAAUGUAUGACGGUCUAUCAGACCUAUAUCAACAUGAUGAAUUCCAAGAUCCGAAAACAAUUCGCCAUCUCCAACCCUUUUGUCUUUAAACAUAUCUCUCAUCUUAAAAACAUGGACAUGUUUGAUGAUACGGGCCCAUGUGUGAUGAUGGCCAGUCCUGGAAUGCUACAAAAUGGUUUAUCAAGAGAACUGUUUGAACGAUGGUGUACCGACAAGAAGAAUGGAUUGUUGAUCACUGGAUAUUGUGUCGAGAACACGUUGGCAAAAGAUGUCAUGAAUGAACCUGAUGAAAUCCAGACCAUGAACGGACAGAAAUUAAAGUUACGCAUGUCGGUCGAUUAUAUUUCCUUCUCCGCUCACGUUGAUUACACUCAGAAUAGUGCUUUUAUCGAUGAAGUGAAAGCACCCUAUGUUAUCUUGGUCCACGGAGAGACCAAUGCGAUGGGUCGCCUCAAGAGUGCAUUGAUGAGUAAAUAUUCAGAACGCGAUGAGGAGAUCCAUAUCUUUACCCCCAAGAACACAGAGACGGUAAAGCUUUAUUUCCGUGGAGAGAAAUUGGCUCGAACGAUUGGGCAUAUGGCAGCGACUUUUCCAGAGAAGGACACAAUGGUCACGGGUGUUUUGGUCGUCAAGGAUUUCCAAUAUACUAUCAUGGAUACUUCGGAUCUGGAAGAGUUUGCGGGUCUAAAGACCACGGCAGUCCUUCAACGUCAAAUUGUUCCUUAUCAUGCUUCGUUUACGUUGUUGAAGUAUCAUUUGCAACAGAUGUUUGGGAAAGUUCGGGAAUUGGAACGUGAUCUUAAUAAACAGGAAACUGUCAGGAUCUUUGAUACUGUUGACGUGAAAGAGUACAAUGUCAACCAUGUGCUACUAGAGUGGAUUGGCAAUUCGGUCAACGAUAUGAUAGCAGAUUCAGUUCUAGCGGUGAUCCUCAACAUUGAGUCAAGUCCGGCCUCUGUUAAGCUCACAAAAUCAGACCAUACCCACUCACAUACACAUGGACAGCCUCAUCAUCAUCCAUCUUCAUCUAUCAAGGUUGAAAAGGAAGACACGAAAGAGAGCAACGACAUCUUGUCAACAAGUGGUGGUGAUGGUGUUAUUAGUAGUAACGGUGAUAUUUCUUUGGUGGAACGUAAUCCUUCAGACGAGUUCCAGGAUCUAGUCAUGUUCUUCGCAAGCCAGUUUGGAGCCGAGAAUGUGGAGCAAGAUGAAAAGACUAGGACCAUUGAGAUCACAAUGGAUGGUGUACAGGCAACGGUUGACUGCAAUCAGUUCGUGGUCAAAUGUGAGACAGAUGCUUUGAGGCACCGAACCCAGAACGUCUUGGAACGCGCUGUACGUACUUGCAUGCAAUAGAGGAACAAGGAAAAGAAAGGGGAAGAGGAAGUCUUUAGUCUCUACUUUUUAUCGAAUAAAGAAC